UGGGUUAAUUCUUAACAAUCUGCGUGUACCUUCUGUGCCUGGCAGUACACUAGCAGUUCAAGGACUGAAUUUUCCUUAUACACUGCCUGAGCAAAAUGAUUAGAAUAACAAUGACUAAAGAACUAAUUCUUAUUUUCAUUUUUGCCAUUGUUGUUCCAAGUAGGAAAGCAGACCAAGGAAUUCAAUAUGCAAAAGAAAAGGUGUGUGAAGAGCUCAGAGUCAUUGGAUCAAAAAACUUCAGAACAAUAGUGACGGCUGUAUACAGUCAGAAAUUUCCAAAUGGAACCUUUGAGGAAGUGAACUGUGUGGCUGAUGAAAUGGGUAAACUAGCAGAACGCUGCUGCCAAGAUGAUGCAAGUCUGGACUGUUAUGACAAAGGGGCCACGGAAAUCACAGACAAGUCUUGUGGGAAGGAUUCACCAUUCCCCAAGCACCCAGGCACUGAGCAGUGUUGCACUGUCCACGGAGAUGAGAGGAAACUGUGUUUGGCCAUGCUGCGUUAUACAGCAGAUGAACUCCCCUCCCUGCUGGAGCCCACAUCGGAGGAGAUCUGUACUCUGUAUACUAAAGACCCCAGCAACUAUUCUCUGAGGUACGUAUACGAGUUUUCUCGGAGACACACGACGAUCCCAGCAGGUUUUGUUCUCAACGUGACCCAAAGUCACAUGAGGAUGGCAGAGAAUUGCUGUAAGCCCACUGUAUCAAAGUCCUGCUUUUUCAAAGAGAGGUUUCAAGAGAGGAGCUUGGCCAUUUUCCUGAAGUUUCUGUCCAACAUGUGCAACAAUGAAGUGAAUCUAAGAUCUCACAAAACUGGACUGACUGCCUAUUUUGGAAGCCUCCUGAGAGUGCCAUUCGUGGAAGCGUUUCCUAUUGCAAAGCAGUUUCAGUCAGGACUUGCAAAAUGUUGUUUACAACCACAGCCUCAAUGUGUCAUUGACGAGUUUAUCAGCUUUCAAAAGGUCCUCUGUAAGGAUACUGGCAACAAGUCUGAGGAACUGAAAAACUGCUGCAGCCAAGCCCCUCUAGAUGCCAUCACCUGCAUGGAAAAUGUGAAAAGAUAUCCUGUCACAUCUUCAGAAGUUUCUCAGGUCCAAUCAUCACAACUCUGUGACGAAACCCAUCCAGAUCAUGCUGACAGAUAUUUGUUCCAGAUUGGGGUGAAACAUGUGUCAGUUUCAUUGCCAGUGCUAACAACCAUUCAGGAUCAGAUGAGAAGCACAGUGUCAGCGUGCUGCUCUCGCAGUAAUGACACCACAGCAUGUUUAAAGGAGAGCAAAUUGGAGAAGGCAGCGGCGCUUGUGUCCGUGAUUGAUGACUUCUGCUCGCAGUAUUUUAAACUGGAGUUGCCUGCAUUCAAAACAAAGAUUCAGAAUCAGUUCCAGGAAAAUGAGCUCAAGAGCCAAGCGUGGAUGGAUCUGACCACCAGUUGCUGCUCCCAGCAUUCUCCUGCACAGCUGUGCCAAAAACUGACCGAAGCAGUCAUUAAGCACGAGGACGCCACCGCAGCUUGAACACUUACUGCUGGGUUUUGAACCAUGACAGACCCUGAGCAUAAUCAAAUGCAUAUCAUGAAUAGAAAACCUCUAAUUAAACUCCAUUUUGUUUUAUCCCCACAAGGUUUAUGACGUGAGCUUAAAGACGUGAGCUCAGUUUUUUUUUUCCCUAGUAGAUUUCUGUUGCCACAGAGGCUGACUACCUAUAGACUGCUUUGCCUGUGCUAGAUAAUAAUUUAAGAAUAUCUACUUAUCAGUUUUUUAGGUCAAUUGGUCAGAAGACCUGUUACGAUGAAUAACAUUAUGAUCUAAACAAAUAAAAACUUAACAGAAUAGUA